CUUUGCUUGGAAUUUGGUGUACGUAUGACGUCAGCGGCCGAGCAUUGGUAGUCGGUGGAAGUGUCAGUUCCAGGUUGCCGGUAUGUUUGUAGCGCGGAGCAUCGCUGCCGAUCACAAGGAUCUCAUCCACGAUGUCUCGUUUGAUUUUCAUGGCAGAAGAAUGGCGACCUGCUCCAGUGAUCAGAGCGUGAAAGUCUGGGACAAAAGUGAAAAUGGGGAUUGGCAUUGCACUGCAAGUUGGAAGACACACAGCGGCUCUGUAUGGCGUGUCACUUGGGCUCAUCCAGAGUUUGGGCAGGUUUUGGCUUCCUGCUCUUUUGAUAGAACAGCUGCUGUAUGGGAGGAAAUAGUAGGCGAAUCAAACGACAAACCUCGUGGGCAGAGUCACUGGGUUAAGAGAACUACACUUGUGGACAGCAGAACAUCUGUAACAGAUGUGAAGUUUGCCCCUAAACACAUGGGAUUAAUGUUAGCCACUUGUUCAGCUGAUGGUGUUGUGAGAAUAUAUGAAGCCCCUGAUGUCAUGAACCUCAGCCAGUGGUCUCUGCAGCAUGAAAUCUCCUGCAAGCUCAGCUGCAGUUGCAUCUCCUGGAACCCUUCUAGUUGUCGUGCUCAUUCUCCUAUGAUUGCAGUGGGUAGUGAUGACAGCAGCCCUAAUAUAAUGGGAAAAGUUCAAAUCUAUGAAUACAAUGAGAACACUAGAAAAUAUGUGAAAGCUGAGACAUUUAUGACCGUCACAGAUCCAGUCCAUGACAUUACAUUUGCUCCGAACUUGGGGAGAUCAUUCCACAUCCUUGCAGUUGCAAGCAAAGAUGUCAGAAUUUUCACCAUGAAGCCUUUAAGAAAAGAACUGACUUCUGCUGGGGGUGUGACAAAAUUUGAAAUUCAUACAGUGGCACAAUUUGAUAACCACAAUUCACAGGUAUGGCGAGUAAGCUGGAACAUAACUGGCACAGUUUUGGCAUCGUCGGGUGAUGAUGGAACUGUUCGGUUAUGGAAAGCCAACUAUAUGGAUAACUGGAAAUGCACUGGUGUUCUAAAAGGUGAUGGGAACCCUGUAAAUUCCAACCAGCAAGGAUUCCUUGUUUCUUCUUUUGGAUCCACCAAUCAGAGUUUACCUAAUUCUAUUAAUGGCUCAUCUUCUAGCAGACCGCACAGCUGAUACCAAGCUAACCGGAGUAACUUUGCUGUUUUGCUGCUUGUUGCAUGUACGCUGGAUUGGAUGCAAAGUUCUUUUUAUUACCCUCCCCAGCACAGUUUGAAUCAUUCCAGGAUAUGCAGGAUGUCUUGUAACUACAGUUAAAAAAAAAAAAAUCAUUUUGUGUAUAUGUUUAAUAUUUUUUUUUUGUUUUGAUAUAAUAAAAAGAAAAAAUUUACUUU